AUGUCUGCAGCUCAACUAGCUCUCUAUCAGGGAGCCUGCAAAAUUUUAGGAGAUUUACUCAACCAGCUGUUGUCUGAGGACUCUGAGGAUCUAGGAGCUGGAAUUUGGUCUACUGGUUGUCAAGUUCUAACAGCUGAGGAGAGAAACGCUACUGACAGGGGCCAUACUCUAUUUGGAGUAGCAAUAUGCAUGGUGCUAGCUGAGAUAAAUUUGAAGUGCGACAUUGUGCUACCCGCUCACGUGCUCCUCCAACAAGGUAAUUCCAGCAAAAAGGUGCAUAAAAUAAGGCAUAUCACAAGUUGGACUUUUCCAAUUAACCUCCAACACAAGCCCCCAUCUUCUACCCAUGCCGUUAACGCACGACCCCCUCUGACCCACCCUGAAACAAAUCCCCCGUCCACAAUUCACAAACCCGCCCCAUCAAAUUUCCCCAUACCAACAAUCUCCCAUCUCCACAGCCUUCUUAUCGGAGAUAACAGGGGCGAAGAGCGUCAGGGUCUGUGUAUCGGCACAACAACUUUCACACGUGUAAAAGACCCUGAUGUACUGUGCAUCAUACCGGGGUUCUUCGAUCUUGAAACAGGCAGCAAAGAAAAUGAUUUGUAUAACGUAUGGUGUUAUCAAGUGAACCUCGGAAGCGAAAGUGCCCCUCACAAGAGCAAUCUUGGAAGCGAAUAUGUCUAUCACGACAGUCGCUCAACACCACACGGACCUAAUGCGAAAGCAAGGACAUCACACGCAAUUAAUAUCACAGAUUGGAAGCAUCAAAGAUCAAGACAUCCGUAUUUUUGUGAAGCUCUCAGCCAACCAUGCAAAGAUAUCGAAAUCAGCUUCAUGAGUGUAUACACCCAGAUAAGGGGUUCCACCACAUCCACCAAUCAGUUGAAAAUUCUCGAGCCCAAAGGCUCGUGCGCGCCUCCCACAAAAUGGGCGAGCGCAAGGCAUGAAGAUUUCAUAAAGGAAAGUAAUGGUAUGAGUGUGGGCAAUGUGUCUCGAGACGUCAAAGUACCAGUCAAAGUAUCCCAGAUUCCUUCCUUCAUGCCAGAAGGCUCCCUAGAUACCCAUCCUUCCAGCAUCCGAGCAAAACAAAAAUGGAAUGAAAGGUUGUGGAAUGAAAGUGGUGGUCCGAGUCGUAUACCCGGGGAGAUGCAUGCACGCCAUCGCACCUCGCUGGAACUCCGUGUCAUGCGAGAGAAAAAAAAGGAAUGUAGUCAGCCGGAGAGGUCGACUACAACCCAAGAGGAUUAG